AUGGCCUUCAUUGGAUUGACCCUGCUUGCAGGAAGUGAGAAGAACUGGGAUGUAUCAGUGCGUGAGCUGUUUGGGAGUCCUCUACCUAAUCCCAUGUACAAGGCCACUAUGGCUGUUGGAAGAUUUGAAGACAUUCGCCGUACCUUGCACUUUGAUGAUAAGAGGACCAGAGCCUUCCGACUGGAAACAGACCAUAUGGCAGCCUUCCGCUAUGUAUGGGACCUGUUCCUUGUCAACUGCACACAGCGAUUCAUCCCCAGUGAUUGUGUCACUGUGAACGAGCAGCUUGUGCCAUUCAGGGGUGGGUGCAAGUUUCUACAGUACAUGCCAAGCAAGCCCGCCAAGUACGGCCUAAAGAUCUUCUGGGUUUGUGAUGCACGCAUCCCCUAUGCAAUAGAUGGUAUAGUUUACACGGGGGGAAAACCAGGGGAAGAAGUUCAGAAGAAUCUGGGGGAAAACAUUGUCCAGCAGUUGUGUAGUAGAUUUAGAAACACAGGUCGCAACAUCACCAUGGAUAACUUUUUCACCAGUGUGCCUCUUGCGCAGCAUCUCCUGGAGAAGGAUCUCACUAUUGUGGGGACCCUACGUCAGAACAAGCCAGACAUCCCUCCUCUGAUGAAGCCUUCCAAGUCCAGGGAGGUUCACAGCACAGAGUUUGGAUUUAAUGACAGCCUUACCAUGGUCAGCUAUGUCAGAAAGAAAGGAAAAGCUGUUGUGCUGCUGAGCACGAUGCACCACGACAAAGUAGUGGAUGAAAAUUGCAGAAAGAAAAAAACAGAAGUGAUCACAUUUUACAACAAGACAAAAGGAGGUGUAGACACCACUGACCAGAUGGUUGGCACCUACACCUGCAAGCGCCAAACACAGAGGUGGCCCAUGGUGCUGUGGUACAACAUAAUUGACAUCCCCACCCUGAAUGCCUACACCUUUUUCACAGCUCAGCACCCAGAAUUCAAGAGCGGCAUCACCAAUGCACGACGGCUCUUCCUCAAAGAGCUGUCAAAGGAGCUUGUCACACCACACAUGAGGAGUCGACUGGAAGGAUGCCCCCAACUGCAAACCCCGAUUAUUGAAGCAAUGGAAAGGUUUGGGGUGACAAAAGCCACAACCCAGCCACAGGAAAGAAGCAGACAGGGCCAACCAAAGAGAAAGAGGUGUCAGAUCUGCAGUAACAAAGAUCGCAAAGUCAACAAUAGGUGUGGGAAAUGCAAUGUACCUGUGUGCAAUGAUCACAGCCAGAAACAGGUAGUUUGUCUGAACUGCAUACAGUGA